AUGAACUUGGGAGGUUCAAACGUGUCUGGGUGGAUCUCUAACACCGCCCACGCCGUCACCGCUCUGGAGUCCAACACCUGGCCUCCACAUGGCGUGGAGGAUAUCACCCAGUGGAUCAAUAACUCGGGGUGUCACGGGAACGUCGCACAGUCACUAAACUCGUCACACAGAGGCGCGUCUAUGUGUCCUCCUGCCCAGCAGGUGGCAGUGGAGAAGAACUGGGCAGCGCUGCUGAUUCUGCUUGUCAUCGCCGUCACGGUGAUGGGAAACAUCCUGGUGAUCCUCGCCGUGUCUCUGGAGAAGAAACUGCAGAAUGCUACGAACUAUUUCCUCAUGUCUCUGGCAGUGGCUGAUAUGCUCCUGGGCAUCCUGGUCAUGCCAGUCUCCAUGGUGACUAUUCUCUACGAUUACGGGUGGCCGCUGCCCUCCGACCUCUGUCCGAUCUGGAUCUACCUGGACGUCCUGUUCUCCACGGCAUCCAUCAUGCACCUGUGCGCCAUCUCGCUGGAUCGAUACAUCGGCAUCAGAAACCCAAUCCACCACAGCCGCUUCAACUCCCACACCAAGGCCCGACUCAAGAUCAUGGCUGUGUGGACCAUCUCAGUGGGGAUCUCCAUGCCGAUCCCCGUGCUGGGCCUCAGAGAUCACUCCAAGGUCUUCAAAGAUGGCAGCUGCCUGCUGACAGAUAACAACUUUGUGCUGGUCGGCUCCUUUGUGGCGUUCUUCGUGCCACUCACCAUCAUGGUCGUCACCUACUUCCUGACCAUCAACGCGCUGCAGAACGAGGCCACCCUCUGUUUGGACCAGCUGGUUCCAAGGCCAAAGUGGAGCACCACCUUCACUCUGAGCUUUUUACCGCAGACGUCACUGUCGUCAGAGAAACUCUUCAGACGCUCCAUCAGCCGAGAGGCCGGCGGCAGAGGGAGCAGUGGCGGACUGAGCAACACCAGAGGGAGCGUCAGCGGCUCGCUGUUUGGACGCCGCACCAUGCAGUCCAUCAGCAACGAGCAGAAGGCGUCUAAAGUCCUUGGGGUGGUGUUUUUCCUCUUCGUGGUCAUGUGGUGCCCGUUCUUCAUCACCAACGUCCUUGUGGUCAUGUGCGACCCCGCCAUGUGUGACGCAGCACUCAUGGGAGGCCUGCUGAAUGUUUUCGUGUGGGUGGGAUAUUUGUCCUCGGCGGUGAAUCCACUGGUCUACACGCUGUUUAAUAAAACCUACAGAGCGGCGUUCCUCAGGUACGUCCGCUGUCAGUACACGCCCGAGAAAAAACCUCUGCAGCUCAUUUUGGUCAACACCAUCCCGCCGCUCGCCUACAGCUCCACACAGCUGCCGCUCAGCGACGUUGGGAGGUUACGAAACGGAGUAAAAGACUUUUCUUUACCGAGGCAGGAGCCAGAGAAAUGUGGACAGGACAAACAACAGAGAGAGAAGGAUGAGAGCUGUGUUUGAGCCGACAGAAACUAAGAUUAGACCUAAAGGUGGAGUUUAAGGAGUAAAAACGAACCUUCUGUGCUCACAUCUUUAUAAUGUCUGAGGUUUUACGUCAAAGUGCCAAAGACAAAGUGCCUCACAGUCAGAAAUUUAGAAAACAAAGAGGUCCCAGCCUGGUAAUAAAGUCUUAAUGUAAGCAUUUCAGUCAGUUAAAGAUCAUUUACCGGAUUCAUGCAGCAGCUGAGCCUCGUCAGUGUGCUUUAGAAAGGCUUUGACGGUUCCCUGUUAGAAGAAAACCAUCUUAACUGCUCAAAACUACUGGUUAUUUUUUUACCAAAACUAAUCUGGUUGUUUUCUCAGAUUCAAAAUCAUAGCGUUUUAGGAUGUGUUCAAACCAAAAGAGAAGUAAAUAUGUGCAUCUUGUACGAUUCUGUACAAAGCCAGCACUACAAAGUUGGUCACAUCCAUCAAACUUGACGCUCACUGUUCUGAGGAUUCUCCAGGUUGCACCAGCAAUGCAUAGUUCAAGUAGCCUUAUUUUUAAUAAUUUAUUUAGAGGGGGGGUUAUGUCUUUACUGGAGAGGUAGGACAGUAGAUAGAGUCAGGAACUGAGGAGAAAGAGAGAGGGAAAGGAGCCACAGGCCAGAUUUGAACCAGGACUAUCUGCUUCAUGGUCAAAAGCCUCUGUAGACAGAGCACACGAACAAAACCAGCGCCCUGUAAAAUAGCUGUAGUUAGAAGUUAGACCUUGGAUCUAACUCAGACAAAAGCUGACCUCUGCUUCUCUAAGUAUCCAC